AUGGAGCUCAAGACCGAGGGCGAGGGCAACGACCGCGAGACGCGGGUGCAAGCCCGGCGCGGGCGCAUCGAGGCGCGGAAUGCGAGCAAAGACGACGAGAAGAUGAAGAAGAAGACGACGGGCGGUGACGCCAAGCGCAUGAGCCGCGGAUCGCAGCAGAUUGCCGACAGUCUCAACCAGCUCGACCGACGCAAGCUGGCCGGGAUCCAAGAGGUGACCGACGUCCGCGUCCGCGCCGACGACAAGGAGAACGUUCGGCGCAUCGACGAAGAAGACCGCAAGCAAAAGCGGAUCGAGAAGCUCCAGCAAGAAGCCAUUUCGAGCGGGUCUCGGAACGCCGCCGUCGAGAUGCGCUGGGCCGAUCUGUACGAUUUCAACAUGCCCCAAGAGCUCCACAAGCAACUGCAAGCGCAGGAGGAAGCGUGCAGCGCAAUCCUCGAGUCCAAAGACAAUGUGAUCAAGGACUUCCAGGCGCAGUUGAAGUCCAAAGACGAAGAGUAUGUGAUUGCGCUCAAGGUCGAAGCCGAAGACAUUGAAGCGCUCGUCGACCGCAUGAGCCAGCAGUACCGCGAGAUGCAGGAGGAGUAUGAGCUCGAGCUCGAGCAGAUCGAAGACGCCUUUCUCAAGGAGCGCGACGAACUCAUUACCGGCAACAAGUCGGAGAUCGACUCGCUUUUUGAGAAACGACGCGAGAUGGAGAUGACGUACAUGGAGGCCAAGCAAGCCCGUGACGAGAUGAGUCAAAAGGAGAUUGAAGACUUGCGCGUCAAGGACGCCGAGGACUACAACAAGCUCAAAAUCAAACUCGAAACGGAUAUUCAGACCCUCGAACAGCAGCUCGAAGAAAUGCGCGCGACGUACCAGCUCAAUACGGAGAAGCUCGAGUACAAUUACCGCGUCUUGACCGAACGCGACAUGGAAAAUUCGGCGACGUUGAGUCAGCAAAAGCGAAAAUUGAGUCGGCUCAAGGACGCACUGAGCGCGCUCAUUCAAAAGUACACGCAAACCGACACGGCGCAGCGGCAUCAAAACACCGAGCUCACGGAAGAGUACCGGCGCAUCACCAAGCAGUACAAGGACCUCCAGAAGAAAUUUCAACACUUUGAAGAAAACGACGGCCGCAAAUUCGACGAAGUUUGGGCCAUGCAUGAAGCCGAAGCGCUCGAGCAAAUUGAGAAGGUUCUGCAAGCCGACCGCAUCAUCCACGAACAGCAACUCGGGCUCGUUUGGGUGCCACCGGCGUGCGACCUCCGGCACGUCGAUGCUGUCGUGCUCCGCAAGCAGCAGCUCGAUGACGCUAACGCCAAGGCCACCGAAGUCCACGACGAGACGACCGACGUCCCCGAGCACCGCAUCUCGAGCGCCAAACUCAAAUACAUGCUCAAACUGCUCUCAACCGAGGCCGGGUUCCUCGUCCACGGCGCGGUGCUCCAAGCUAUCGACAAUAUGGACGACGACGAAGCCGACCUCGUGCGCGCCGACGCGAUUCUCAAGUCGCUCGGCGUCGAAUCGGAGGCCGACAUGGAGCGUCUUCUCUCCUUUUUCUUUCACGACGCGCGCGACAAUGAGAGUCGCCCGGGUGCCGACGUGGCCAAGCGGCUCGGGCUCAAGAUCCACCCGGAUGACGUCAUCCAGACCAUCAAAGUGUUUGUGCAGGAGCUCAACGAAGAGAAAAAGGCCCGCGGAAGUCGAGGCGCGCGCCGCCUCAAGGAGAAGAUGGAGCAAGAGAAGGCGCAGCUCUCGGGCGCGUCCCCGUCCUUUCGGAAAGACCACAAGCAGUUUUGGAGUCGCGCCCAGCGCGUCCUGCCCGCCCAGUCGCAGCGUGUCUGGACGUCGCUCGAGACGGGCUUGACGUCGUACCUCCACGUACUCAAGCAGCGCAAGGGCCUUAUCGACGACGUCUCGACGCUCCAAGCCCAAAACGUCGAGCUCAAGGGGCUUCUCCGUCAGUACCUCGGCGCGGCCGUGAACGAAGAGCUCUUGAUUCCACCGACGCAAAUGAUUCGCGUGCAAGAGCCGUCGCACCAGUAGUGACGAGACGUCGUCCUGCGAGUAUAUUAUGUAGUACAACUAUUCGGCGAGCG